AUGUAUCACGAAAUUAAUAAUCAAAAUGUAUCGUUUUUGAUUCGCAAUGCGGACUUUUUUGAUUCACCAAAUCGUUGUCCUUCAGGAAAUAAUAAUCCUGAUAGUACAGUAAAUAUACCUUUCGGUCGAAUUGUAAAGUGGUAUCUUAAUAAUAUACCUAUGCUUAAAGUGUGCUGGCUAAAACAUUCAGAGUCGGAAAAUAACUCCACAGAUUGUAAAAGAAUUAAACAUGCUACAGAUGCUAUUGACUUUAUAGAAUGGAAAACUAAGCAAGGAACUGAAUAA